GCUAUCUGACGCUGUCCUCUCUCUCCUCUUCGGAAUCUUCCCUUUUUCCACAGAAAACAUGCAGGGAGGAGAGGAGGAGGAGAAAAGAAGAAACUCGUCGGAGGCGACAAGAGAGAGAGGAAGCAGAGAAAGUUAGAGGAGCGAGAGGAGAGGGGUCGAGCAGAUGGGAGGAAGGAAGGAAAGGAUCUCUCUGCGGGCUCAAGUGCGCGAUUAAAGGAUUGUGCGUAAAUAAACAAAUGAAUCAAAGCCUAUAAUACAAUUUUUUUUAAAAAAGGGGGAGUUGUAUGCGCGCCACCGCGUUGCGUGGACGCGGACAAGACAGCGCGCUGAAACAAGUCCUGUGUGUUCUCUCUGGAUUUUACUCCUCAUGUUCCUCAAAGUCUCGCUGCUGUGUAGUAACUUUUUAGUUUGAAAAUCUCCCCCCCCUCACCCCCCCCCCCCUCGUCCUGUCGGUUCACUCUCUCCCCGGAAAAGAAGCUCCGGGGUGGAAGUUGGAGGAAGGAAGCGCGGUUUUUUGUUCCUUCCGAGGAGUCCAGCUCGCUUUAGCCGGGGUUUAGGCGUUGGCAACCGGCAGGGAAUACCUUGCCAUGGCCGGGGCCAAGCCGGGAGUCCACGCGCUGCAACUCAAGCCCAUGUCCGUCCACGAAGCACUGAAGAAGGGGGGGAAGUUCAUCAAAUGGGACGAGGAGCCAAACAGCGGCCCCCCCACCCUGGUGACCCUGAAAGUUGACCCCGAUGGAUUCUUCCUCUACUGGACUGGAGGCUCCAACCUGGAGGUGGAGACUCUGGACAUCAACACCAUCAGGGACACCAGGACAGGAAAAUACGCCAAACUACCAAAGGACGCCAAGCUGCGGGACGUGCUCGGCUUCGUUAAGGGGGAGAGCGUCGAGAGGAAGCUGGUAACCGUCGUCUAUGGCAAUGACCUGGUCAACAUCUCUUACCUGAACUUCCAGGCCAUGCAGGAAGAUACAGCCAAGAUUUGGACAGAUGAGCUCUUCACCUUGGCCACAAACAUACUUUCCCAGAACGCAUCGCGGAACACCUUCCUGCACAAAGCGUACACUAAGUUAAAGCUGCAGGUGAAUCAGGAUGGGAAGAUUCCUGUGAAGAAUAUCCUCAAGAUGUUCUCAGAUAAAAAGAGAGUGGAGACGGCUCUGGAGCAGUGUGGCCUCGUCAAUAACAAGCAGACCGAGGGAAUCAAGCCAGAUGAUUUCACGUGGGACGCCUUCCAGAAGUUUCUUGAAAGCCUUUGUCUCCGGCCUGAGAUACAAAGCAUCUUUGAGGAAAGUGGCUCCAAGAGGAAGCCGUUCAUCUCUUUGGACCAGUUGAUAGAAUUCAUUAACCACAGGCAGCGAGACUCCCGACUGAACGAGGUGCUGUACCCCCCCCUGAAGAGAGAGCAGGUCCGACAGAUCAUGGAGGAAUACGAGACCAACGUCAGCCAGCUGGAGAGAGAUCAGAUCAGUUUGCAGGCCUUCACUCGGUAUCUGGGAGGAGAAGAAAACAGCAUCGUUCCUCCAGAGAGGCUGGAUAUCAUCGACGACAUGAAUCAGCCUCUGUCUCACUACUUCAUCAACUCAUCACACAACACAUACCUCACAGUGGGUCAGCUGACCGGCCUCUCCUCGGUGGAGAUGUACCGCCAGGUGCUGCUGACCGGCUGCCGCUGCAUCGAGCUGGACUGCUGGAAGGGCCGGCCGCAGGACGAGGAGCCCUACAUCACCCACGGCUUCACCAUGACCACUGAGAUCCCCUUUAAGGAGGUGAUCGAGGCGAUAGCAGAGAGUGCUUUCAAGACGUCGGCGUACCCCCUCAUCCUGUCCUUUGAAAACCACGUAGAUUCGGCUAAGCAGCAGGCCAAGAUGGCAGAGUACUGCAGGACCAUCUUUGGAGACGCCCUGCUCAUCGAUCCACUGGAGAAAUAUCCGCUGGACCCUGGUCAGCCGCUCCCCACCCCACAGGAGUUGCUGGGGAGGAUUCUCAUCAAAAACAAGAAGAAGCACCAGCACCACCGACCCUCGAGUAGCGGCAGCAUACGGCGCAGAGAGCUGGAGGAGCAACCGUCGCACAACAACGAAGGCCCACUGACAGAUGGCGAGGGAAGCCAGCUGCUGACUAACGGAGAGGAGAAGCUAGCUGAGAGGAUGGUCAAAGACUCUGAGCCACGCAAAUCCCUUGGGGGUGAGGGAGAAAGCGAGGAGGAUGAGGAGGACGAACCGGUGACAGACCAGAAGAAGCCCAACUCUGACGAGGGUACAGCCAGCAGUGAGGUGAACGCCACAGAGGAGAUGUCCACUCUUGUCAACUACAUCGAGCCUGUCAAAUUCAAGAGCUUUGAGGUGGCAAACAAGAGAAGAAAGUACUUUGAAAUGUCCUCAUUGGUGGAAACAAAAGGCAUGGACAUCCUGAAGGCUUCCCCCAUCAAGUUUGUAGAGUACAAUAAGAACCAGCUGAGCAGAAUCUACCCUAAAGGAACGAGGGUGGACAGCUCCAACUACAUGCCGCAGCUCUUCUGGAACGUCGGCUGCCAGAUGGUGGCGCUAAACUUCCAGACCCUCGACCUCCCUAUGCAGCUGAACAUGGGUGUGUUUGAGUACAACGGCCACAGCGGAUACCUGCUGAAACCUGAGUUCAUGAGAAGGACGGACAAACAGUUUGACCCUUUCACAGAAAACAUAGUGGAUGGGAUAGUCGCUAAUACUGUUAAAAUUAGGGUGAUCUCAGGGCAGUUUCUGACUGAUAAAAAGGUGGGCGUGUAUGUGGAAGUGGACAUAUUUGGACUUCCUGCUGAUACAAAGAGGAAGUACAGAACCAAAACAUCCAAUGGGAACUCUCUGGACCCCGUGUGGGACGAUGACAUGUUUGUGUUUAAUAAGGUGGUCCUCCCCACACUGGCCUCUCUGAGGAUAGCGGUGUUUGAAGAAAAUGGAAAGUUUAUUGGACAUCGAAUCCUCCCUGUGUCAGCCAUAAGACCUGGCUACCACUACAUUAAUCUGAAGAGUGAGCUGAACCAGCCGCUCAUCCUGCCCUCUCUGCUGGUCUACACUGAGGCUCAGGACUACAUCCCCAAUGAACACCAGGAGUAUGCAGAGGCUCUGACCAACCCCAUUAAGCACAUCAGUCAGUUACACAAGAGGGAGACUCAGCUGGCUGUUCUCAUAGAGGACAACAGUGAGCAUAUUCCCAACCAGCCCAAAGAGCACGAGAGCAAGGGGGAGUGGGAGGUCUUUCAGGGACCCUCCCCCUCCCCCAACCUUCCCCCCUGCCUACCGGUCGAAGCCCCUGACAUCAUCAAACCUCAUGCACAGGUAGUACAAAGUCCAAAGGAGGACCUCAUAGCCACUGUCCUGGCAGACAUCCAGGUCCAGUCUAUAGAGGAGCUGAAGCAGCAGAAGGGCUACUUGAAGCUCCAAAAGAAACAAAGCAAAGAACUCAAAGAGAUCCGAAAGAAGCACCUCAAAAAGGUGUGGAAUCUGAGUAAGGAGCAGAAGAGUCGGAGCAGCCAGCUUCAGUCUGACACCCAGAGGAGACGCAGUCAGAUGGAGAAACACCUCAAACGGAGCAUCAGGAAGAAUGAGCCCAAUGAGCCGGUGCAGCGCGAGCUAACCGCUUUGGAUCAGGAGCUGGAGAAGCAGUCGGUCCAGCUGAGGGAGUGGCAGAUGCAAGAACUCCUUAAACUCCGACAGCAGCUUCACCUACCGGAGCGGGAAAAGCAGCAAACACACCUGCAGGAGGCCUUCAAGAAGUUAAAGGAGACGGCCAAUGAAUGCCAAGCAGCUCAGCUGAAGAAGCUCAAGGAGACAUGCGAGAAGGAGAAGAAAGAGCUCCAGAGGAUCAUGGACAGGAAGCGACAGAACAGCAUCAGCGACGCCAAGACCCGCGACAAAGACAAGGCAGAAACGGAAUUGAAUGAGAUCAACAGGAAACAUAUUCAGGAUUCUGUCUCUUUAAUCGGCGGGCUGGAGGCGGCUCAGACCAGGAGGCAGGACAAGCUGAUGCUGAGGCACCGGGAGAUGCUGCAACACAUAGAUGAUGAACUUCCUCUGCUCCAGUCUCAGUUGGAGAGGGAUCUGGACCAGGAGUAUGAGCGCCUGCAGGAGGAGAUCUGCCAGCACCUCCAGGUGGAGCUGCACAACAAAGGGCUGAGGACAGACGCCCUGUACUCGCCCUUUUCAAACCAGGGCAGCCCCAGGUCGGGCCCCCCCUCCAACUGCUCCACGCCCGACCGCUGCCCCUGGAACAGGAGCAUGGACAAUAGCACCGCCUCAUUGGCUGAUUCCACUUCCUCGUCCACUCCUGUCCUAUCAGAGGCGGAGAUGUCGUUCAGUUAAAACUAUUACUUGUAAAAAGAAAAUGCUUACAUUCAACUGGGGUCUAUAAUGAUUAUAAUGUGGGAUAGUAGUGAUAUUAAUUAUUUACUAAUUUUAUUCCUUUUUUUAUUACAGACUGCUAUGUUCGUGUCUACAGAGCUAUAUAAUUUUUUAUUUUGCUGCUUUUGUCAGAUGCACAUGCCUUUUUGUUGGAAGAUUUCAUUAGAAUCAUUACUUUUUUUACUUUUCGGUCUAUGUCUUGCUUUUAAUGUCAUAUCGUCUGAUGCCUUAUUUUUAGCAUCAUUUAAAUUGUCUGGUCAGUAAGCUUUACUGUAGUUAGAAACCAGCUUUACAUUCACAUUUUAUUCACUUUGAAAGCUUUAAACUGUGCAGAGAGAAGAGCAGGAUUUGAAAACGGAUGACUUUGUUGAGGGAAACCUUUUAGAAUAAAUACAGCUAACCCAAGCAAUUAAUGGUAAUAUGAUGUUAGUAGAUUCAUAAUGGUCUUAUUCCCUAGAAAUAGAUGAGGAACUAUUUAAAACAAAGCCUAUGGAGUUCUUUAAGUACUACAUAACAUUUUUUUUAAACAACGCUGAGAGAUCAUUUUCCAGAGUAAAAGAGGGCAACAUUUUAACAAAAGGGUUUAAAAGUUUAGUUUUUAACUGUAAUGGCAGGAGCUGACCAGCUAGGGGAGCUGCAGCGUUGGCUAUUUAUUUUAACGCCUUUCAUUCAUGGAGCGUGAUCAUCCUAUUACACUGUACCCUGACACACACACACACAUCUGUCGCAGCAUCAUUGUUUAGCAUCAAGUCUCUGACCUCUAACCUCCAAACUGAAUCCAGACAAGGUUGAAUGGGAGGUUGGCAGAGGUCAGCAGACAUCCAUCCAUCUGUCUAGAUACGAGUGUGUUUGUUUGAGAGAGAGAAUAGGGAGGGCUUGAGUGAUGUAACACUACACACACUACACACACACACACACACACACACACACACACACACGCAUGACACUGUAUUUUGUAAUGAGGCGUCUAUAAAAAUGCAGUGGGACACACUCGGAGUUAAUUGGUUCAGUGGCCAAAAGCCUUUAAAAUCCUCAUCCCAUCCAAUCUAUCCCGUUUGAAAAACAAGACACAAUCCCAUAACUUUACAAAUAUGGCCGAAACUUUUCAAGGGUAUUUGAAAGUGUGUGUAUGUGCAUUCAGAACUUAGUCCCUUGAUGUGACAUCUGCUCUAUCCUAGUAUGCUUUAAAAGCAUCAGUACUGUAGGAGGCACUCUUCAGAUGAGGAUAUAAAGCUGCAUCAUGACGUUUUAAUGUAAAAAUGCGCCUGUAUUUGAGGUCUGAAUCACCAAAUGAGGGUGGUCUUUUGCGUUCUUAUUGCAGAUCUGCUCAAUAUACCAAAUUGUUUAAUUGUUCUAUAAUGUGGUAAGAAGCCCCAGCUCUUUGCUUUAACUUCACUGAAGCCUCAAAAUUCAGAGCGUGACCUCUUAACAUAUCAUUUUAUAGGUAACAGUCGUUCACCUCCAGAGUGACAUAGGAAGAGCUUGUGUUAUAUUUUAUUUAAGGGUGAAUAUGUCUUAAAAUGAUCCCACACAGCUCCCCCAGUUUGUUCAUUUAAGCCAAAUAUUGAAUGUAGGAUUGUAUAGUGCACAAACGGUACUUUAAAAGUUUCCUCUAUCUUUAUUUCAGCCAUUUUUGAAGACUAUUUUUUUGUUCUUGUAUACCACUCUGUUUAGUUGUCUUGUCUGCUUUGAGGGUAUAAUGAUGGCACUCUAUGUACAUGUAUUCCAUGUAAAUGUUUAGUUUUAUGUGAAUUUGACUACUGACCACAAGUGCUGAAGAGGGAUGAAGGUCAGGGAAGGCUAAGGGAAGAAUAUCAUUUCUGCUUUUUCUCAAAGAUAGAUUGUUUUUGGGUGAGAUUCCUGUCCUCCAUCCUUCAGCGAGCACUGGCUGCCUGUCUAUCUGUCUACCCCCCCCCCCCCCACACAAACGUCUUUGUAAA